CACAGCAGUCCGAAUUGAAGUUUGUAAGCGUACGUUUGUGUUGUCGAUGUUAAAGCGGGUGCGUUGUUCGUCAUCGUCGUUGUUGUUUAUAAAUGAGAACAAAACGUGUGACGGCCGAAACAAUUAACAAGAAAAUAAAAAAAAACGAAUAAAAUACAACAAAUCCCCAUAAUAAACAACAAUCAACGACGGGUGAAAUAUAAUCGACUACCUUUCGGUGGGAAUAAAUUGUGAUUCUGUGUCAUUAUUUAAUUAAAUCGGGAAUAAUUCUAUGGAAAAGUGAUGAAAUAGAAAUAAAUUGCAUAGCUAUAAUAAAAAUCAUAAUAGAAAAGAGAGAAUCAAUGCUAAUUCUAAAUCAAAGCCAAUGAGAAGAAAAUUAAGAAUGUGAUGAUGAUUUUCGGUAUUUUUUGAAAAAAAAAGCAGGUUUAGUGAUAAAGUGUUUUUUCCUGUGUUUUCGACCAAGUAGUUUGUGAAAAGCAAAUUGGAAAAAUAAAGAAAAAAAUUUCCAAGAAAUCAGGAAAAAAAGUGAUUCCUUUGAAAGGAAAGUGUCCAAUUGAAGUGAGUGUCUGUCGUGUAACAAAUUGAAGUUGAAUUUAAUUUGGUGGCGAACGAGUAACACCACACGGUUACUCCGGCUAAACUGGCUGGCUGGCCUGGUGUAAAUCUUAAACAACAAAAAAAGCAAGUUAAACAUGGAGUAAAUAAAAAGUGAAGUUUUGGAAAAUCUAAAUAUAAAAAGUAUUGAAAAUCAAGGAAAUUUGUGCAAAUUAAAAUCGUGUGUUCCCCCACAAUUCCUAAAAUUGUUUUUGGAUUACUUUUGUUUUUUCGCCUUCUUCAAAUCUCCCAUCUUAUCUGCUGCUCCGCACAAAAAAAAAUCAGAUAUUCCUCGAUUUCAUUGAAGACCUUUGGCUGAAAAUUAUGGAUUAGCACCAAGGGAAUUUAUCCACAUAACUCUAUCCCCAAUAUUAUCGAUACUCGGGGAUAAGUUAUCAAGGACAAUAAGAAGGAGUCUUCUCUUUUCCUCAAAAAUGUUUGGCUGUUUCGCAAAGCAGUUUUAAUACAUUUCAUUUCCGAUUUUUUUGUUUUGGUUAUCAAAACUUUCCAAAGGGGGUGAAACAACAACUGCCAUUAAAUACUCCAAAUAAAUUGUAGAAUUCCACGGCGAAGGCUCAUCUCUCGCAAUAAUUGCACAAAAAUCGCUGAAGUUCAUAUACCAGAAACAUUCCCAUCAGCAGCAGCCACCUCAACCCCUUCGCCAGACCGAAACAAUUUCAAUUUUUUUCGCUUCGUUUUGUUUUCUUCCUCUCCUUUUUUUUUGAUGAUUUUGGAAACAAAGGAAUUUCUCUUCCGUUUCUGGUGGUUAUAUUACGCAUACAAGAGCCAUAUAACAAUAAAGGGUUAUUUUUCCAGAAUCCAACACAAAAUAAAGUCGUAAAAGGAAGGCAGGAGCCAAACCUGCAAGCCCCUUGUUGCUAUUAUAGCUUUCAAUUCCAAGUUAUUUUGGUUUUCAUUGCAAAAACCACAAUUAAAAAAUCCAUGCAAUACCCAUCACCACCCUAAAACCACAGCACAGGAACCAUUAAAAAAAAAAAAAAAAAACAAAAUUAAAUUGAAAAUACGCAAAACCGGUUAAAUCAUAUCAACAACGGAAUUCGCGUUGCGCGUCAUUUUCGUUAUCACGUUACGUCGUUAAUGUUGCUGCUGCGCCGCAGUCGUCGCUGCCGCCGCCCCUUAACGCGUCCCAUUAUCGUCUCGAAAUAAUUGUAGCAUCUCCUCCCUCGCAGAAAAAUAAACCAAACAUCGCCACCAUUAUCGCGUUCAACAUUUUCGGAUUUAUUCAGCAUCACCACCACCACCCCCACCACAAAGAAUGUCAUCGACAAAAUGUGGUCUAAGAAUGAUUUUCACAGCGAUCAGUCUUGUCAUCAUCGUAAAUGGUUACGCAAAAGAUAUUUCUGGAGUUGAAAGAGGUCACAACCGUUUGAACGAAUACAUAUCGCAUUAUGAAACACUUAGUUAUGAUCAUCAACACAUACGCGCUAGUCACCACAGAGCCCGGCGAUCAGUGACCAAAGAUCAUUUUGUACAUUUAAAAUUUCAAGCACAUGGAAGAGAUUUCCAUAUUAGAUUAAAACGUGAUUUACAAACAUUUAGCGAUAAGUUAGAGAUAAUUGAUAGCAAUGGACCUCUCGAUGUAUCAACCGAUCACAUAUAUGAGGGCCACGUGAUAGGGGAUCGUAAUAGUUAUGUUUUCGGUUCCAUAUUGGAUGGUGUAUUUGAGGGUAAAAUUAUUACCGAACGUGAUGCCUACUAUGUUGAACAUGCCAAACGUUAUUUUCCAACAAAUUUUACAUCAUCACCACAAAUGCAAUCGUUAGAGUUGCACAGUACUGAGACAAAUAGUUCAUCAAUGUCGUCGUCAACGACAACAACAACAUCAACUACUACGACGACGUCGACAACAACAGAAAAUCCUACAAGAAAUGCUGCAAAACCUAAAAGUAUCAUCGACCAUCAUGACGAAGCUGUGCAAAGUAUUGGCUUUCAUUCGGUGAUUUAUAAGGAAUCGCAUGUCGACGAUGCCUACAAGGAUGUUCGAGAAGGCCAUGCAGCCGGUUGCGGCAUUACUGAUGAAGUAUCCCAGUGGAUGGAGAAUAUACAAAAUUCAGCUGUGGAAGAAUUACCCGAACCUAUGUCAAAGGAUAUUAAAACGCCCAAGAAGCGUACGCCGUCAAGCCAACAGCAACAGCCACGACGAGCAGAAGAAGAUAAAAUCAUACUUUUGAACGAUGAUGAUGAUGAGGAUGCUGAUGGUGGUGCUAGUGUGGAUGAUGAGGACGACACCGAUGCCGAUAAAGAUAAUGCCUCUUCCACCAAAGACCACAGCAAAAGCGGCAGUCGUGGCGGCAGUAAACAUUCGAAGAGAACCAACAACACCACAUCCUCUGAUGCUGCACAACCACCACCGAAAAAAUAUGCUGCCAACAACAACAACUACCGUGGCAACAUCAACAGCAACAACAAUAAAAAUGGUGCCACAGAUGAUUUCAACUAUCCUUAUGUGAAAUACACCAAAGAAGCAAAUGUCCGUUAUGAGGAUGAAAUCGUCGAUGCCGAUACGGCUGGUGCUAGCGGCUAUUUUUACGAUCCAGAGACGGGACGUCGCUAUCAACCCACCGACAGUGAUUGGCAUGAACGGGUCCACGAACGCAUGCGCCGUUCGUCGGGCUCCUCGGCCCGUCGUGAGGAUAACAAGAAUACCUGUUCGCUGUACAUACAAACGGAUCCGCUGAUUUGGCGACACAUACGCGAUGGAAUCGCUGAUCACGAUCGCACUCACAAAUACGAAAGAGAUAUAAAAACACGCGAGGAAAUCACUUCGUUGAUAGCUCAUCAUGUUACGGCGGUUAAUUAUAUUUAUCGCAACACCAAAUUCGAUGGACGUACCGAGCAUCGUAAUAUACGCUUUGAGGUACAACGCAUCAAAAUUGAUGAUGACUCAGCAUGCCGCUCAUCCUACAAUGGCCCACACAAUGCCUUUUGCAAUGAACACAUGGAUGUAUCGAAUUUCUUGAAUCUCCAUUCGCUAGAGGACCAUUCCGACUUCUGUUUGGCCUAUGUGUUCACAUAUCGUGAUUUUACAGGUGGUACCUUGGGUCUGGCCUGGGUGGCCAGUGCCUCAGGAGCCUCGGGUGGUAUUUGUGAGAAAUAUAAAACCUACACCGAAACUGUGGGUGGGCAAUAUCAAAGUACCAAGCGCUCUCUCAACACCGGCAUUAUAACCUUUGUCAACUACAACAGUCGGGUGCCGCCCAAGGUCUCACAGCUGACAUUGGCCCAUGAAAUUGGCCAUAACUUUGGAUCACCGCACGACUACCCGCAGGAAUGUCGUCCGGGCGGCAUGAACGGCAAUUACAUCAUGUUUGCCAGUGCCACUUCCGGUGAUCGUCCCAACAAUUCCAAAUUCUCCUCAUGUUCCAUACGCAAUAUCUCCAAUGUCCUCGAUGUUCUCGUGGGCAACAUGAAACGUGACUGCUUCAAGGUGUCCGAAGGUGCCUUCUGUGGCAAUAAAAUCGUCGAACAAGGCGAGGAAUGUGAUUGCGGCUUCAACGAAGAUGAAUGCAAAGAUAAAUGUUGUUAUCCUAGGCUAAUUAGUGAAUAUGACCUGUCACUGAAUAGCUCGGCACGUGGUUGUACGCGCCGAGCCAAAACCCAAUGUUCUCCAUCACAGGGUCCCUGUUGUCUGCCCAAUUCAUGUACAUUUGUUCCAUCGAACUAUCAUCAGAAAUGCAAAGAGGAAACCGAAUGUUCCUGGUCGAGUAGUUGUAAUGGCACCACAGCCGAAUGUCCCGAACCCAAGCCUCGAGAUGAUAAGACCAAGUGCAACAAUGGCACUGCUCUUUGCAUUCGGGGUGAAUGUUCCGGCUCCAUAUGCCUGCUGUGGAACAUGUCCGAAUGCUUCUUGACCUCACAACAACAGCCGCAUGUGGACAAGAGAAAACUCUGCGAAUUGGCGUGUCAGAAUGGCAACGACACCACCACAUGCCGUAGUACAUCUGAAUUUGCUCAUUUAUUUGGUUUACCCGAGGGUGGCAUUAGCUUGCGUCCCGGUUCACCGUGUGAUAACUUCCAAGGUUACUGUGAUGUGUUCCUCAAAUGUCGCGCCGUAGAUGCCGAUGGUCCACUGCUGCGCCUCAAGAAUCUCCUACUCAACAAGGAAACGCUGCUGACGGUGGCCCAAUGGAUUACCGAGAAUUGGUAUAUUGUGGUGCUGCUGGGCAUUGCAUUUAUUAUUGUUAUGGGUAUAUUUAUCAAAUGCUGUGCCGUGCAUACGCCCAGUUCGAAUCCUAAGAAGCGGAGGGCUCGUCGAAUCUCAGAAACGUUACGGGCUCCCAUGAAUACAUUGAGGCGCAUGCGUCAUCCCCAUGGCCGUAGUGCGGGGCCACGCAGCAUACCACCGCCCGUACACGAUGGCCGUGGUGCCCAUCGCAACUAUCCUCCCGAAUGGGAUCGCCACCAUCGCUCUGGUGCUGUUAGCAGCGGUGCUGCCGGUCCUAUGCCAGCCUCUAGCAGCAGUCAUGCGAGUCGUGUUGCUGCUGCAACGGGCAGACCAUCGGGAGGUGGUGGCGGCGGUGGCCGUAGCUCCCGUUCAAAUGGUUCUCGGCAACCAAGUAAUUCGCGUUCCGGUGGACAACAUGGGUAUGCAGAUAUACCGCCACCUGGUGGUUUGGGUCCAUCACCCACAAGUGGUGUUGGUGGUGCUAGUGGUUUACAUAUGGGUGGUGGUGGUGGUGGUGCAUCUAUUGCUGGGCCGGGUUCAUCAACUAGUGGUGCAGGUGUUUUAUCACGUGCCCAAAUGCCUUUACCCGCCCUGCCGUCCAAUGCACAAACGCAACAACAACAAUCACAACAACAACAACUGCCACAACAAGCUUAUUAUGCGCCGAAAGUCGUCGGUCCGCAACAAGUAAAUUAUAACCGACCGCCAUCAUUGCAUAAUCCUGAUUUGUAUGCCGAUGCUUAUGCUGCUUUGGGACGUGGAGCAUAUGAAGCAACAACACGGGCGCCCAAUAACAAAGUUUGACGACGGACGCAUGAAACGAUGACGACGACGCAUGGAGGACAACGUCAACAGACGCCGCAACAGCAGCAGCAUCAGCCAAAGCAGCCACAACAAAAUUUUAGUUUAAUUAAUAAAACAACAACAACAAGUAAAAAAAUACAAAAAUCAAAUCAUGAACUCAAAUUAAAUAUAAAUAAUAUUUUCUAUGCUAAUUAUUAUAAUUUAAUUUGUUAAAUUUAAUAUUUUUUAAUUGACAAACAAUUUUCCAUAAAUUUUUUAGUUUUGUGAGAAAAUUCAAAAAAACAAAAAACAUCACAAAGAUUAAAAAAAAAAACAAAUCAACCAAACCAACAAAAAAAAAUUAACAAUGUGAAAGAAAAAUAUCCCACUUCGAACUAUAUAUAUUUAUGUAUACACAUAGAUCAUGUUAGUUAUAUUAUUAUAUACAUUAUGAUUAAUUACUAUUAUUAUAAUUAUUAUAUAUUUUAUAUCAGGUAAUUUUAGUUUGAUAUUUUAUUAUUGCAAUUUCUACAGCAUUUCUAAAAAUUACAUAACAUACUUCUGAUAAUAGUAUUUGUCCUUAACGAGAGACAUAAUUUUUUCGCUUUAAAAAAAUUCAAUAUUUUAAUUCUUUAUCAAGGAUAUACGAUUUUAUACUUUAAAAUUACAAUUAUUAUUAAAUGCCUUUUUAAAAUCGACUUUAGUAUUCCAAUCUUUUUUUUCUCUCCCAAAUUUUUUGUAUGUUUCAAUUUUUUAAUAUAUAUAUAUGUAAUACCUCUUUAGAGUUACAAUACACUACAGUAAAAAAAAAUUCUCAGUAAAAUGUAAUUUUUAAUAUUUGUAGUUUUAUGAUUUAUAAUAACAACUUUUUUGUUUUAUUUUUUAAUAGAAUUUUAGUUUGAUUUUAAAUGAAAUAA